CGUGAGGGCGCCAAGAUGGCGGCGGCGGCGGGAGGAGGAGGCGGGGGGGGCCCCGGGAUGGGAACCGGGAACGGGACCGGGACCGGGAACGGCACCGGGAACAGCGGCGGGAGCAACGGCGGCAUGGAGGUGGAUGGGGCAGGCACGCCACAGGUGAUGGCCGGAGGAGUGACCGGCAGCGUGGCCGUGGCUCUGCACCCGCUGGUCAUCCUCAACAUCUCGGACCACUGGAUCCGCCUGCGCUCCCAGGAGGGACGCAACGGCCAGGUGAUCGGGGCGCUGAUCGGGCGGCAGGAGGGCCGGAACAUCGAGGUGAUGAACUCCUUCGAGCUCCUGGCUCACGGCGCCGGGCCCGCCCUGCUCGUGGACAAGGAGUACUACUACACCAAGGAGGAGCAGUUCAAGCAGGUGUUCAAGGACCUGGAGUUUUUGGGGUGGUACACGACGGGGGGGCCCCCCGAGCCCGCCGACAUCCACGUGCACAAACAGGUGUGUGAGAUCAUCGAGAGCCCCCUGUUCCUGAAGCUCAACCCCAUGACCAAGCACACCGACCUCCCCGUGAGCGUCUUCGAGUCCGUCAUCGACAUCAUCAACGGCGAGGCCACCAUGCUCUUUGCCGAGCUGCCGUACACGCUCGCCACCGAGGAGGCCGAGAGGAUCGGCGUGGACCACGUGGCCAGGAUGACGGCCACGGGCGGAGGGGAGAACAGCACGGUGGCGGAGCACCUGAUUGCCCAGCACAGCGCCAUCAAGAUGCUGCACAGCCGCGUCCGCCUCAUCCUCGAGUACGUCCGCGCCGCCGAGGCCGGGGAGGUUCCGUUCAACCACGAGAUCCUGCGGGAGGCGUGCGCCCUGUGCCACUGCCUGCCCGUGCUCAGCACCGACAAGUUCAAAACCGACUUCUACGACCAAUGCAACGACGUGGGGCUGAUGGCGUAUCUGGGCACCAUCACCAAGACCUGCAACACCAUGAACCAGUUCGUCAACAAAUUCAACGUCCUCUACGACCGCCAGGGCAUCGGCCGCCGCAUGCGCGGCCUCUUCUUCUAGAGACCCCAAAAUCGCCUGAAAUCACCCCAAAAACCGCCCUGAAAUGGCCCCAAAACAGCACCAAAAACAGCCCCAAAACCAGCCCCAAAACUGCCCCAAAAACAAACUCAACGUCCUCUACGACCGCCAGGGCAUCGGCCGCCGCAUGCGCGGCCUCUUCUUCUAGAGACCCCAAAACUGCCCAAAAUUACCCCAAAAACUGCCCCAAAAACAGCCCUGAAAUGCCCCAAAAACAGCCCCAAAAACUGCCCCAAAACUGCCCCAAAAAAUGUCCCAAAAACAAACUCAACGUCCUCUACGACCGCCAGGGCAUCGGCCGCCGCAUGCGCGGCCUCUUCUU